UGUGUAAAGGGGGUGGGAAGGGUUGCAGGGAGACACGACACAAAGAAGUAGCAGUCUGUGAUCGGAGCCCCAUCGGGAUUAACCAUGUCUCUACAAGUUGAUUGGAGUUGUCUUUUACUGUUCUCCAUUUGUAUUGGGGAGCUUUCAGCGCUAUACUUCACAGACCCACCAAGUAGUCCAGUCAAUCAAAGUGGAGGCGCUCCUCAAAGUCUAGGCGCAGGAUGGAGCCCAGGUCUGAACCAGGGAGUCUCUGCCAUAGACAAACAAGGGGCCGAGACUUACCUUCAAGCUUUGACUAACCUUCAGAAUCAGUUCAAGCUCUUAAUGCAAUCCUCCAAGACUGAGACCAAACCAGCGCCGCCUCAGCCCCCUAAGACCCGACCAGCCCCACUAGUCUGGCCACCCGCAACACCUGCCAAGCCACUGCCUAUUCCAAUGUCACCUCCCGUACGGCCGCCCCCUCCCCCUAAUAAUGUCUUACCACCCAAUGAUAACGGCCUUGACCUAAAUAUGCCUAACAUGCCCAUGGCGCCUUACCAGCCUUAUCAGCCUUAUACCAAUCAGUAUUACCCACAAGCUCCACCGCCGCCUCCACGCCAGCAGAUGCCCAUGCAGAUGGCGCCACAACGAAUGGCACCCCAGCAACAUUACUGGCCACCACCAGGAAUGCGACCACAGUCUAGAGAGUGUUCUGGUGGCUAUGUUCCUGGACAACUUUGUUGUGAUGGUAUAGUCAAUCCUAUACCACCAGGACCCCAGCAAUGGGCUUGCUGUCACAAAGGGAUGUACGACAUGGCCACUCAAGUCUGCUGCGGUGACAUCCCGGUACCGAAACCACCCAAGAACAGUCCACCCAUGAUGUGCUGCGGCUCUUCCCUGUACGAUCCCAUGAGCCAUCUUUGUUGCGACAAGUUCCCCGUGCCGAAUCUGUCCAGAAACAUGAAGUGCUGUAGAAAACAAACCUAUGAUCCAGUCCAUCAGAUGUGCUGUGGUGAGGGCGUCAGGGCGCGACCACCUGGACAACCGCACAUGAGCUGCUGUGGUAAACACAUGUUCAAUUCUUUGACUCACGUCUGCUGCGACGAAGGAAACGCCAUACCCAAGAACCCAACAGUUUCAUGCUGCGGCAAGAACCAAUAUCAACCAGCUUUUCAGCAGUGCUGCUUCGGCGACGCUUUGCCUAAAGAUGUAAUGUGUAUGGCGAAAUAAAAGAAAGACAACCAAGAGAAUACAACUAUGAAAGUGUCUGAGAGGAAAACAAACUCUUUGGACUGUUCCAAAUCUUAUUUCAGGACAAACUAUAACUGUCUGGAGACAAACAGUGUCUUGAGUCCAUUCAACUUAUACAGGUUUGAUCACACAACAUCAACAAAAAAUGUUUAUAUCAAGAUAAAAAUAACCGACCCCCAUAGGCUAACACGUAGAGGUUUCAUUUUGUCCAAGAUUUGAUUCUCUUAGAAGUAUAUCACACGAGACUAAUCAAUCCAAUCUGGAAUUCUAAAGUGAUUUUUCGGAACUUAUUGUUAUAACUAUAUAACAUUGUUGGGUCUAAUUGUGUUCUUAAUAUUAUUAACACAGCUUUUUAAAAUAUAUAUGCAUACAUUUUUAUGUUGAACAAAAUAAAUGCUUUGCCUUGUAUCAUU